GUUGGACUGAAAGCAGCAAAAACUUUCAAAAUCAAAUUACUCAUUUAGUGGGGAAUGUCCUUUUGGCCACUGGAUUUCUCUCCUACUCUGGACCUUUCAAUCAGGAGUACAGGAAUUUGCUGCUCCAUUUGUGGAAGAAAGAGAUGAACAGCAGCAAGAUUCCAUACAGUAAUGACCUGAAUCUCACCAGUAUGCUUGUUGACAAUGCUACAGUCAGUGAAUGGAACCUCCAGGGUCUUCCAAAUGAUGACCUUUCAAUUCAGAAUGGCAUAAUGGUCACCACAGCAUCUAGAUAUCCUUUGCUGAUUGAUCCACAAGGUCAAGGAAAGAUCUGGAUUAAGAAUAAAGAAAAGAAUAAUGGACUACAGGUUACAGCUAUGAACCACAAGUUCUUCAGAAGUCAUAUAGAAGACAGCCUGUCCCUUGGCCGACCCUUGUUAAUAGAAAACAUUGGAGAGGAACUCGAUCCUGCUCUAGAUAACAUCCUGGAAAAAAAUUUCAUAAAAUCUGGUUCAACACACAAAGUGAAAGUAGGUGACAAGGAGGUAGAUCUCAUGAAAGGGUUUACCCUUUAUAUGACAACGAAAUUGGCUAAUCCUGCCUAUACACCAGAAAUCAGUGCAAGAACAACAGUGAUUGACUUUACUGUUACAGUGCGAGGGUUGGAAGAUCAGCUCCUUGGUCGUGUCAUCCUCACAGAAAAACAGGAACUUGAGGCAGAAAGAGUCAAACUGAUGGAGGAAGUGACAUCUAACAGGAGGAGAAUGCAGGAGCUUGAAGAUAACCUACUCUUUCGCCUAACGAGUACAGAGGGCUCUUUGGUUGAAGAUGAGUCUCUAAUAGAAGUCCUAAGAAUCACUAAAACAACAGCAGAAGAGGUCAGUGAAAAAUUAAGCAUAGCAGCGGAGACAGAGGUGAAAAUCAAUACUGCACGUGAAGAGUAUCGGCCAGUUGCUUGUCGUGGUAGCAUUCUUUAUUUCCUAAUUGUGGAAAUUAGCUUAGUGAAUGUCAUGUACCAAACAUCCUUACGGCAGUUUCUUGGCAUUUUUGACCUGUCAGUGGAAAGAUCUCAGAAAUCUCAGAUCACAGGAAAAAGAGUGCUGUAUAUAAUUGAGCAUCUCACCUAUGAAGUCUUCAAGUAUACAGUUCGAGGGCUGUAUGAAAAUCACAGAUUCCUGUUUACAUUGCUGCUGGCGUUGAAGAUUGACUUGCAGGCCAAGAAAAUUUCACACAGUGAGUUUGAGACACUGAUCAAAGGUAAUUUCUCCAUAAAUAUUCUCUAUUUGCAUGUCUGUGGACUAAAAAAUUCAGAUUUUGCAGUGCUUACACUAGCAGUAUGUUCUAUCCAUUAGGAGUGGUGCUUUUUACCUGGUGAGUGAAUACAUGUAUAUUGCAAAAGAGAAGUUUACGAUAUAAAAUUUGCAAAACAAACAACGUAGACUAUUUGUUGUCAAAAUAAUGCUAAAAUGAGUUUAUUUGUUAAGUUUUAUGUUUGAUAAGAGGGAAAAAAAGGCUGUUACUUUGCAA